UGCUGUUUGCAGUCAGUCCCUCACAGCUCCUCCUGAUGGCUGAACACUGGCAACAGCCACACAAGAAAAGGCAGAAGACACCAAUCCACUUUUCAACUCCCGCCUGCUGCUGAACAUCACGCACAGUGGAGUUCACACAUCAGUCCCUCCAGCAGGAGAAGAUCCAAGGUUCAUCUUAAAGUCUGUUGUGUUGUCGCUGUUCCCAUCAUCAUGAAGACAAGUAGUGUAUGAAGACUCUAUUACCACCAGUCAAGAUUAAGCAGAAAGGGGGGGAGGGGGAGGGGGGACAGUAGAAGGAGAUCUCUAUUCAGUGAAUGAUAAAGCCAGCCAUGGAGUCGAAGACUUCAAUGCCUGAAGUUAUGGAGCCAGCUGUUUGUUGUAGGGAACAGCAGAUAGCCAGCGCUGGGCGAGCGUUUCAGAGACACAAGCAGCGGAUCAUGAGGAAACUGAGACUGCCGCGGAUCCUGGGCUUUUCCCUCGGAUUGAUGGCUCUCUGCGCGUUCUCCCUCUUAUUCAGUGCCUUCGCCUGCACGCCAGCCAACCCUGAAAGCUCGCCGCUCCAACGCAGAACUCUACUGGGCUUCGAGGAGAAACCGAGAUUUUCCAAGCUUCAGAAUUAUACCCCCAAAUCCGACUUGGCUCUAAAGUAUGAAGUGCGGGUGGCCACGUCCUCGGUCAAUAAUGCAACCCAGAGUGGAGAUUACCCUCCUGACAUCUUUUCGCUGGCACAGAGGAGGAAAGGAGCUGUGUCACUCCACAUCCUAGGCAUGAUCUAUAUGUUCAUAGCCUUAGCCAUAGUGUGUGAUGAAUUUUUUGUACCCUCAUUGACAGUUAUCAUUGAUAAAAUGCAAAUAUCCGAUGAUGUAGCAGGGGCAACUUUCAUGGCAGCAGGUGGGUCAGCACCAGAACUCUUCACUUCUUUAAUAGGAGUUUUUAUAUCUCACAGCAAUGUUGGGAUUGGGACUAUAGUGGGCUCUGCCGUCUUCAACAUCCUCUUUGUCAUUGGGAUGUGCGCUCUAUUCUCGAAAGAAAUCUUGCAUCUCACCUGGUGGCCCCUGUUCCGAGAUGUGACCUUUUAUAUCAUUGACCUGAUCUUGCUCAUACUUUUCUUCCGGAGUAACACCAUCGCUUGGUGGGAGAGUGUAAUUUUGCUGUCAGCGUAUGGAUGCUAUGUGACUUUUAUGAAGUUCAACGUUGUGCUGGAACGAUGGGUGAAGAAGAAGUUAACCAGGAACAAAGUGGUGGAGGCAACAGCAACAGAUGGCGAUGAAAAGAUUUACAUCAAAAAAACAAGCAUUUGAGUUACGAUGUUUAAAGAACAAAAAUUCUACUCAAGUAUGACUGAUGUCGGCUAGCUUGGAUCAAGGAUUGAUCAAGUCAUGCACAGUUAACAUGAGAAAUUUGUCUAGACUGAUCUGAAAAUAAAAUGUACUAAACCCCACGGAUUGAAGAAAUAAAAUGUGUUCCACAUACCAGCAAAGCAGUGCACAAUUUUCUCUCCAAUUGCUGUUGUCUGGCUGAGUUCUUGAUGGGAGAACAUUCACCCAUGGAUUUACGGAGGAGUGAAUUGAAUCUGUAGAUGUGGAACAAAAAUCAGCAAGAACAUGAUGUCAAUUAAACUUAGAGUCAUAGAGAUGUACAGCACUGAAACAGACCCUUCGGUCCAACUCGUCCACGCUGACCAGAUAUCCUAAAUAAAUCUAGUCCCAUUUGCCAGUAUUUGACCCAUAUCCCUCUAAACCUUUCCUAUUCAUGUACCUAUCCAGAUGCCUUUUAAAUGUUGUAAUUGUACCAGCCUCCACCACUUCCUGUGCCAGCUAAUUCCAUACACGCACCACCCUCUGAAUGGAAAAAAUUGCCCCUAAUGUCCGUUUUAAAUCUUUUCUCUGUCACCUUCAAACCUAUGCUCUCCAGUUUUGGGCUUCCCCACCCUGGGGAAGACCUUGUCUAUUUACCCUAUGCAUUCCCCUCAUGGUUUUAUAAACCUCUGUAAGGUCACACCCUCAGCCUCCGACGCUCCAGGGAAAAUAGCCUCAGCCUAUUCAACUUCUCCCUAUAGCUCAAACCCUCCAACCCUGGCGACAUCCUUGUAAAUCUUUUCUGCACCCUUUCAAGUUUCAUAACAUCCUUCCUAUAGCAGGGAGACCAGAAUUUGAUCAAAUACCUUUUCCUAUGGCAUGAUGGUAUCUAGAGAUACAAAAUGUUGUUGCUGUUUGACUCAUGAUGUAAGAAUUGUAAUACUGGAGAAUCUUUGUGAAAAUUCAACCUCCAAAAAAAAACACACCAUAUAACUAGUGAAGAAAACCAAUGAGCAGGGCACAGUGUUCAUCUUGGAGCUAUUUAUUUUCAAAGGAUCAUCCAGAAGUCCCUGGUUUACUUGUUUUAAUAUAUCAAAUUAAAAUUGCUAGAAUAUGACUCAUUCUUCAAGACAGCAGUUGUUACAAAUGACAGUACUAUUUCAUGCUAAUACUACAGACGGAACAUUUGCUUUUUAUGGUCUGUAAUAUCUGUUGUGUAGUCUUUCAAGAUUUGCUGGGAAUUAUGAAGUUAGGGGAGUUUGUUUGAAUUCUUUGUGCUGUGGGAGUGCAAUUGUUCUUUUUGAAUUGUGCUGUGGAAAAUAAAACAAUCAAAUGCUGUAGCAACUUGCAUAUUCUGAAUGCUGGAACUUCUAAUGAAGUCGUGCCUCCAAGUGAGAACAUAAUUGCUGCUUUGCAGAGCUAAGCCCACAACGAGCAAGUUUGCAUAAUUUAUCAUUACGUACCUUUUUUAGGAAUGAUUAACCUAAUUUAUUGAAAACAAACUGCAGAAGCUGUACUGAUAAUUGUAUUGCUUUCAGAUUGAUUAUGCUCAAUACAUUUUUUUUUACCCUCAUUAUCCUGUUCUGAACUUCAACGUGACUAAUGCUCUGGUCAUACAAAGCACAAGUUUGUACUGUGUGGUCAUCACUUUUAAUUAUCACUGAGCUUCAAGACAGAAAAGUCACAUUACUGCUAAUCUCAAAUUCCAGUUAGUUUUUUGUAAUUGAGUUUUCUACAGUAAAGCAGCUGUUGAUCCAUUCAGAUACCUUGUGAAUCAAUUUUUAUUUCAGACUUCCUUAGAUGUUGUAUUUGAUCCCAUAUCAUUUUGUUCAUUACAUGGAACCUCUAUCAGGCAUCCUCUAAUUAUGAAGAAAAUCUUCAGCAGUAAACAAAAUACAGAAGAAUUAGUAUUUAUACAAUUUUCUUGCCUAGAUCCAUAAUUAUUUUGCUUACAUUUCUUGCCAGCCUUGAUACCAAUUAUCGCAUAUCUAGUUUUCAAUCUGUUUCCGUUGCUAGGGUAAUCAGAGGCAAAACUCUUAUUUCAAAUAACUUUUUAUCUUCAAUUAUAACCCAGUUGACCUGUCCAUAAGACAAUGUCUACUGAUUUUAUUUUUCUUUUUGCUAAGAAUCGUCUGGCAGUUGAUUUUUCCCUGAUACAAAUGGACCUUUUAAAAUUCAGCGACUUUUGAACAAGGGACAGCUGCAUAACUGGAAAGACAACUUUUUUUUACACCACUGACGGUUUUUCUGACUUCUUAAUUGUCUUUGUAGUUUUUCUGGAGAGAAUUUGCAAUUUACACCCUUGCCAUUCUCACAUUUUUAGAAUGCAAACAAAAAUAUACUUUUUUAUAAUGGUUUUGAGCAUAGGGAUGGGAGAGGCAUAUAUUAGCUGGAACUCUGACGUGAUCUGAAGAUUUUUCCUAAAGAACAAACUGGACUGUUCCUGCUAAACUCUGAUUUUCUGCAACACACUUCAAGCUUGGUUACAAUCUUGAUCUCAGUUCGUAGAUUAAUUGUUUAUCAAUCCGAUUUCAAAAAUUAUUAUUUUUCCUAAUUUCUGCAGAAAUUUCUCCAUAACCAAGAGAUAAACAGAACCCUGUCCUUCUAACCCUAGUUCACCAUUUCAUUUGUUUCAAAGGAAAGCAUUUACAAAGUAUUCUAGGUUUGUACAAAAAAACUAAACAUUUAUUUAGCCCCUGUUUGAAGCACUGAAUAUCACAAAACACUUUACAAGCAAUUUAAAUGUUCAUAAAGUGUAGUGACUGUUGUAAUGGAUGAACUUCUAAAAUUCCAGACUUUAUCUAAAAAAAGUUUCUGCCUCCUUUUUCCAUUUUAAAUGUUUGAUAAUAUACUUGAUAAUAUCAGCUGUAAACCGGUCUAACUGGUCAAUUUCUAAUGAACUUCUGAGUUCGCUCUACCAAGUGUCUAUAUCUAUUCCCUUGUGCUACCUAAUUAACAAACUGUUCACCUAUGCGUUCCUUUGAGUUUCUUCCAUUGUACAAUUCCUAUUCCCUCCUUUUUGAUGUGAAAGCACAAAUAAAGAUCGCUCAUAGUAAUCAA